CGCACGCAUUGUAGUCAGCUGGUGCAACCGAAACGAAAAAUGCAAUAAAGUUUUUAAAUAACCAUAAAGUUAAACCAGUUAGAAUAUUGUAUCUUUUAAACUGUUUCGAUGCGGUUGCCUCUAUCAACUGUUAAAAGUAAAAUAAUAUAUUUGAUAAAAGUUGGUUACCUAUCAAUAGUUUUGUAUACAAAUUGAUAAGACCAAGGUCAUAAUUAUCUUUAGCAAACUGUUUUGGUCGCCUGACCGAGUGGUAUCAUGCAGUCAGUAAACAGCUAACGAUUUGAUUAGCUAUUUUUCUGUGAUCGUUUUUUUAUUGUGAAAUUCGCAGAUAUGUCUAUCAGAAGUGGUACUUUGAGAACAUUUAUUCGGCAGAAUAAAUUAGUUAAUUAUGCCCCAAUCAUAGUCAGAGGCCUCCACAAUGAAAGACAGGGGGACAGAGAGCAUAGGUACAAUAAUUACAAAAAGUAUAGUGAGGUGACUACUAUGGCCUUAUUAGGCUCUGUACUUAUAGGAUCAGCUAUGACAGAGCAAAUUGAAAAUAAGAACAAAAGAAAUGACUGCAAAGAAGUUGAAGCUGGAAAGAAGAGGCCAGACCUGCCUACCUACAGGGCAGAGGAAGUCAGCAAACAUAACACCAUAGACAACUUCUGGGUGACAUAUAAAGAGGGCGUGUAUGACGUCACUAAGUUCCUCCCAUCGCACCCGGGAGGGGAGCAGAUCCUCAAUGCUGGUGGACUGAGUAUUGAACCAUUUUGGAACGUCUAUGGCAUGCACAAUACUACGGAAGUCCAUGCUUUACUGGAAAAAUAUAGGAUAGGUAACCUGCACUCGGACGACAUAGUGGAUCACUCUGACGAGAGCAUGUGGGCGCAGGAGCCGGCUCGCGAUGCGCGGCUGCGGGUGAAGACGCGGCGGCCGUUCAACGCAGAGACGCCGCCGGAACACCUCGUCGCUUCUCUCGAUACGCCCAACGAGUUAUUUUACGUCCGUCAACACAUGCCUGUUCCAGAGUGCGAGGCGCAGACGCACUCGGUGUGCGUGGUGACGGGCGCGGUGCGGCGGCGGUUCUCUCUGACGGAUCUCAACCGGUUUCCAAUUGUCACCAUGCGCGCUACGCUUAUGUGCGCGGGAAACCGACGCACCGAUAUGAACAAGGUGAAGCAAGUGAAAGGUAUAGCCUGGACGACGGGGGCUAUUGGUACGGCGGUGUGGACCGGUGUGCUGCUACGGGAUGUACUGCUGCAGUGCGGGGUCGAUGAGAGUGACGUCGAAGGAAAACAUGUCAUUCUAGAAGGCGCAGACAUAGACGCGACAGGCGUGAAGUUCAGCACAUCGAUUCCUCUCCACCAAGCUCUGGACCGCAACGCGCGAGUUCUUCUAGCCACGCAUAUGAACGGAGAGCCGUUGCCGCCAGACCACGGCGCGCCGCUGCGAGCAGUAGUUCCAGGAGCACCGGCUGUACGCAGUGUUAAGUGGCUUGACACAAUAAGGGUAUCAACAGAGGAGAGCGAGUCGCACUGGCACCGCAAGGACUACCGGUCAUUCAACCCGAGCGUGACGUGGGAGACGGCGGACUUCGAGCGCGCGCCGCCGCUGUACAGCCUGCCCGUCACCUCCGCCAUCUGCGUGCCGGGCGACGGGGACACCGUGCCGGUCACCGCCGGCCACAUACGGGUUGAAGGCUACGCGUACUCCGGCGGCGGCGCGGCCAUCCUCCGCGUGGACGUGUCGUGUGACGGCGGCGCCAGCUGGCGCGAGGCGCGGCCCGCGGCCCGGGACGCCGCGCCGCCGCGCGCGCACUACGCCUGGACGCUGUGGCAGGCCGACGUACCCGUGCGCAGCGGACAGACCGAGGUGGAGAUAUGGGUGAAGGCGACGGACACCAAUCUGAACACUCAACCGGAGAAUUUUGAACACAUCUGGAACAUACGUGGCCUGCUCAGCAACGCCUAUCACAAGAUCAAAGUACAAUUACAACAUUAGAUGCAUACACUUUCGCUUAAUGUCCCCCAAAGGGGCCGAAAGAGCCACAAGUAAUCAGAAGGCAACUUGCAGGCACUUGAUACAAAGUCCUCAAGUGGAUAUGAACUGUGUGGUGAUAUUUUAUCUACCUAUACAACACAACACACCAGAAAUAAAUUAUAAUACGUCAUCAAU